AGCCUCAAAUCACCGACCGCUCCUGUCAGAAGCAGCAGGAACCGAGCCAGGGGACCGAGGUUGGUUAGUAAACGCCUAAAGCUACCUACUUUAGCCUGCCGCUAUGCCGCCUGUCCGGGUAGUGAUGCAGGGUCCCGGUCCGUGGGGGUUCCGGCUGGUUGGGGGUAAAGACUUCGAACAGCCGCUGGCCAUUUCCCGGGUCAACCCUGGAAGCAAAGCAGCCCAGGCCAACUUGUGCAUCGGAGACAUAAUUUUAUCUAUCAAUGGCGAGCCAACAGAGAGCAUGACUCACUUGGAGGCGCAGAACAAGAUCAAGGGCUGCGUAGAGGAAAUGGCGCUCUCCAUUGACAGGUCUGAAAGUAAGCUGUGGUCACCACUUUCAUCCGAGGAAGGAAAGACGCACCCUUACAAGAUGAACCUUGCGUCAGAACCACGGGAGGUGAAACACAUCGGUUCAUCCCACAACAGGAGCGCCCUGCCCUUCUCUGGAUUUGGCCCCCAAGUCGUGACCAACCAGUACAACAGUCCGUCCGGUCUGUACUCAUCGGAGAACAUCAAGGACUUCAACUCCGCUGUGGACGAAGUGAAGACGGUGGCCACGAAUAAUGAGCCCAACAACAAAGCUCCGUCAGAGCAGCCAGCAGCAGGCAAGCGACCGGCCGUACCAGCAGACUCUGAGGUCUACAAGAUGCUCCAGGAGAACCAAGAGUCUGAUGAGCCCCCCCGACAAUCGGCUUCCUUCAAGGUCCUUCAGGAGAUUCUAGAGACGGGUGACUCAGAUAAACCAUCAGGCUUCAGGAGUGUGAAAGCUCCGACUACAAAGAUCGGAUCUUCUGUGGGGAACGCAGAGAAGCUGCCAGUCUGUGACAAAUGUGGUUCUGGGAUUGUGGGCAUGUUGGUGAAGCUGAGGGACAAGUUCCGCCACCCUGAGUGCUACACCUGCACAGACUGCGACGUCAACCUAAAACAGAAGGGACAUUUCUUCGUGGAGGACCAGAUUUACUGCGAGACGCACGCACGAGAGCGGGUCACUCCGCCCGAGGGCUACGACGUAGUCACAGUCUUCCCCAAGUAGAGCGUUUAUCCCGGCCUGGCCUCGGACUGCACACUGCUUUACGGUUUGCUUCAAACGCGUGCUUCUGAGACUAUUAAGCGGACCUCCGCUUCGUUACGUUUCAGCGCUGUCACAGGUAUGCAGAAAGGAAAGAGCUUUGUAUGUACAAAAGUUGAUUUGCACAUGAAUUUUGGCCACAGGAUCUUUUUUUUUUCCUUUCUUUGAAACAUAAUCAAAUCGUCUUACUGCCAACCACUGUUUCACUCCGGCUUUUCUCUGUCGUUUUUUUUUUUUUCCUAAAUCAUAAAACAAAUGUCAGUCAGCUUGGAUGAAACUUGCCUUUUAUACAAUUCAGAAAUAUUUUUAUACACCAGAAUAGCCAAAAGCGUAAUAGAACAUGAUUGCCAAAUAAAUAUUUUCGCUUUAAUCGGUUGAUAGUGCUUUGUGGUUAUUGUGUAUAUGUAUAAAUGCAGACUGUAGUUCAACAGUAUUAAAUUUCAAUACGACCAAA